AUGUGGAAGGACUCCAACAAUGAUGAUGCCACAUCUGUGGCCUCUGGCAGCAGCUCCUCUCGCAGUGCCAGCCGCAGGAAGAGGACCAGCUUCUCCAAAGAUCACGUGGAGCUCCUGCGUGCUACCUUUCAGACCGACCCGUAUCCGGGCAUCAGCCUCAGAGAGAGUCUGUCUCAGGCCACAGGGCUGCCUGAGUCACGCAUCCAGGUGUGGUUUCAGAACCGAAGAGCUCGUACCCUGAAGGGCAAAGGAUCCAAGAAAGCACUGUGGCAGUGUGAGAGCCCGGUCGGCGAUGAUUCCCUUCCACCUCAUGCUGUUUCCAACAGGGGGCCACGAGCUGGUGCCAUCCCUCUGCAGCCCCCACCAGGAUACCCUGUCCAGGUGAAGCAGGAGGUGGUUGAAGCCUGCUAUUAUAGACAGCGUCCUUCUUCCUGUCCUCCCACCAACGAGCACAGACAGUAUGACAUGUAUGGGCUUCAACAGGGCAGACCAAAUGGCAGCAGCUACAGCCCUGACCUGAGUGGCUUCUGGCCCCAGCAAGGCAACCACCCCUCCCCUGUCCCUCCUCCGUGGUGCCGCUCACCGAUGGAGAUGGGAAGCUACAACUCCAACCAGGCAGCCUUCAUGUAUCCAGGAUCAGAAAAGCAGCAGAUGUACACAAACGCCCCAAAUUCCCACUCCUCCACCCCAGACACGCCUGAUUCUGGAUACUGGGAGGCCAACCUGGAAAACAGCCAGACAACAGAAGGCCAGUCCUCCCAACUGGAGGAUUCAUGGAGCGGGGUUGCUGUUGAGGACUGUGGGGAGUCAGUAUCUCCGUUGCUGAUCCAGCACACCCCGCUGCCUGAGCUGUCCCUCCAAGACAUCCUGGAGGAGCUGAAUGAGGUCUGGCUGGGCGGAGAAGGGCUGGACAACGACGCUACUGGGGAGACCACAACUUUCUGCUGA